AAAGCUCGUACUGACGACAACACACAACAAUGGCUACAUUCACGCUGCUAGACCAAGCAGAAGAAGACAAGCUACAUGCCACGAGACUCCUAGGAAUCGAAGAGCGCCCAUUCAGACGUCUUACCAAGAGACUUCUUGCGCCCACGACACCUAUCAAUGCCUUCCUCUCGAAGAAUGACGAAACAGAUGAUACUGCUGAAAAAUCCGAGGUAGACACAGCAGCUCAGCAUGAACAAGCGCUGAAGGACAUACAACGGUUCCGCGAAGAUGUCAUCCUCGACUUCGCCGCGUUCGAAAGCAGUAUUGCCCGCAUUCAGUUUCUCCGAGCGGCUAACGAGCGCGAAAGAGAGCGUUACGUGGCGGAAAAGGCAAAGAUAGAAAGAACCGCAGCCGAGGUCAGGGAAAACACCGCGAAUCUGCGUGUACAGCUGAAUGAAGCGCAAAAGACAUUGGCGAUUCGAAAGACGUAUGAUGUUAUUGCGGAUAAGAUUACGAAGAAUGCAGCGUUGAAGCCGCGGGACGAGCAACAUGUCAAUACUGAGAAGCUGAAGGCUGAGAUCGAGGAGCUGGAGCGCGAGGCGCAGGAGCAUACGCAGGCUUGGCUCGAGAGGAGGGAGCAAUUUGAGAAGAUUGUCAGCGAGGGAAUGAUAUUACGAAGGGUGAUUAGAGAUGAGAAGGAGCCGGAAAAGGACGAGGAUGGUGCCGAGCACGAGAAUGGGCGCGAUGGUGAGCAUGAUGGCGAGGCAGAUGAUGAGGAUAUGCUGGGCGUGGGCAGAGGGAGGGAUGGCUUGUCCAAUGCGGGCACACCACGCCCCGGUGAUGCGCCGACGCCGAUGAUGGAUCUACGUGGAAGUAACGCCAUGACACCGACGACACUGCCAGAGGGGUCUGGGAGGACGCCCAAGGCGGCUGAUGAGGAUGUUGAUAUGGAUGCUGGGCCUGCAGACGAAGGCAAAGGAGAGGGCGUGUCUAACGCUGGUGGAGAGAAAGCGGGCGAUGACAUGGACACGACUUGAACUGGCGACUUCAAGCCCUGCAGGAGAAGAUGACUCGUCAUGCGGUCGGGGCCGGUGAACACGAGCUGGCUGUCAUUGCAAGAGCGGUCUGCACAGGGGAGGUAUUCUAUGAUAUGGAUCGGUGUGUAUGCCAGGCUGAAUUUUGAUGAUACAUUUUCAACCUGCAAAAUACAGGUAGGGUUGAAAUCUUGCCGGAAGCGAGUAUGGCUGGCUAUUUGAGCCACAUCUGCGGGUACGUUCGCACCCUCAGACAUUCGCAGAAGGAGAAACCGCUCCCGUUGGCAACAGCAAACGAUUGCUCUGUGAAAGCUUUGCUGCAAACUCUUUCGAGGGUCAUCGCUCCUUGGUAUUUUAUUUUGUAUAUGAAGACAUCAAUACGGUCCGUUGGUUCUCGCGACUUUUACGUCGACACCCCGGAAAU